AUGGUGGCUAGAGUAUACGCAUUGGGCUCUCAGCCAGUAGCUCAUUUUUUGGCAUAUGAACUUGCAAAGCUUCCAGUUCAACCUAAGGUUCCUCAGGUGGUUUUAGUAAUGUUUGAUGAGGCGCUGAUGAAGCGAUUUCUCAAUUCCGAUUCUAAGCUUACAAUUGACGCUCCCAAGGGUAAGAGCUUUAUGCAGUUUAUGGGUUCGUGUAAACCUCCUAUGGAUAAUAAUGGUGUCCUCACUCCUAUGAAUAAUAUAAUAAUUGGCGAAAAAAGACAUAAGUUAUUCACCAAGGAGCUCUCAAAAUACAAAGAUAAUGUCGGUCCGUCAUCUAAUAUUUUACUUUUGAAUCCUGCAUUAGGCUGUGAGGAAUAUAUAACCAAGAGUCUAUGGCCGAACUCUCCUGGAAGGCCAAAUCUGCUUGUUGGCAUUAUGGAGAAGCGCGGUAUUCUGCGCGAUGGGUCAUUUGGAGUGAGGAUAAAGAACGAUAAUGAACCGCAUCCGCUACGAAUUAGUCUGACGCCUUCUAGUAUCUACGAAUAUGACGAUGCAUCGAACAAACAGCAGCUCCAGGAAAUGUUGGAUUCUAAUGAGUUGGUUUCACUGUUAAAUCAACUUAACUCUGAAACCAAUUCCCUUGUGAAGCCUAUAUUCUGCACAUAUGGAGAGCAUCUGAUUCAAAGAUUAGAGAAAGUAAUAAUUGAUUCAUGUAUCGAGCCGCUUGCAGCUUUGUACGAUUGCCAGACGUAUGGAGAGCUACUCAUGGUUGAUCACCUGGAAGAUGUAUUGAGAACUCUUCUGCAGGAGCAGCUACUUGUAAUAAAUCAUCAUUUCUUUAAAAUCAUCAAGAAUAUGCCGCAAGGCUUUGAAACCUUGAACUAUAGAGCAUUAUAUCAGAAGAUCAUGAACACCGUCGAGUCACUGGCGAAAUAUGCCCCUAGAGUAAGACUUGAUAUCACACUUCUGCAUGACCCCGACAUGACUGCGUUAAAUGGUUACAUUCAUUCCUUAGGAAAGCUCAAAAAAAUACCUGUUCCUGUAAAUUAUGCCAUGUUCAGAAUUCUAGCUGGCAAGGCUGCUUUCUUUAAAAAGAGGGCGUUAUCGAGUAAUUAUUUGUGA